AUGCAACAGCUUCCAGCAUUGGUGAUCCAUCCCACGCCCCAUAUGGAUAUGCAUCCUGAGAAACGGGAGGACUUUUAUCGAUCGGCUAUCGAACAACUUCCCAAGAAGACACAGGAGAGCUUCAUGCGUCAGAUGGGAGAGAGUUUCUACGAGAAAGUUGUCAAGAACUCAUUUCGAGCUUUUGUCGAUGAUGUUGCCCAUCUGGCAGUGUAUCCUAAGGUCAGCCGGUUCAAUCAUGACUGUCGGCCAAACGUCCACUACCGGCUUUCAGGUUUAAUACACACAACUGUGGCUGUUCGUGACAUCCCUGCCGGCACCGAGCUGACUAUCAGCUACAUAUAUGUCCGCAAAUCACGCGCAGAACGCCAAAAGGAACUCUCUGAGAGCUGGAAUUUUACCUGCACCUGUGAACAAUGCAGCAAGUCAGCUGAGGAAAUUGCUGCAUCCGACGCGCGGAUGCGCCGAAUCAAGGCCCUGGAGGAAGAUAUCGAGAGGAAGGUGAUUGAGUCAGCCCGCAAGCGUGGUUCAGAAGACACAUCGGGACUCAACCCCGAUAUGGCUGGGGAACUCGUUGAGUUAUAUCUGACAGAGAGACUGGAUGCACAUUUAGGACCGGUUUAUGUGCGUGCCGCUCUGUUGUAUGCGAUGUUUGGACAUGAAGAAAAGGCAAAGGAGUAUGCAACCGAAGCUGCAGCCGCGUUGGAAAGAGAGUACGGACCACAUGCUAGAGACAUCCCCAGUAUGAGAGACUUGGCGGAACGCCCCCGGGACCACUGGGCUUGGGGGCUAAAGGCGGUUGACUACAAUACAAUGCGCAAGAAUGACACAAUGUUAUAA